UCGUUUGUAUCGAUUGCUACUUGCUUUUUUAACAUAUGUGCAGCUCAUUUCUUAUAAUAGAUAAGAGAUUAACGUUUAGUUUUCCGAGUUAUUUGAAUCAUUUUUUUAAUUCGACAUGGCUGAAGCUGCCAAUCCGUCUGAUGAUGGUUUAGUUAAAAAGGUAGAGGAGGUGUCUUUGAAAGAGGACAACAGAGAUGACGAUGAUGAGACUGUCGACUUAGCUACUCUUAGUUUGAUGCGAAAAUUGACUCGCAACAGGAUCUUGGAGUCAAAAAGUAAUGAGGUUGAAGUCACUCGUGCUAAUCCUAAUUCGCCUUUGCAUUCUGUAAAAUCUUUUGAAGAGCUUAAUCUGCCAGAAGGACUUCUCAAAGGAAUUUAUGAAAUGGGCUUUUCUGCUCCUAGUAAAAUUCAAGAGACUGUAUUGCCUAUUUUACUCUCGAAUCCUCCAACUAAUAUUAUCGCUCAAUCUCAAUCUGGAACUGGUAAAACCGCAGCAUUCUUAUUGUCAUCUUUGGCUCGAGUUGAUGAUAGUCUAAACUACCCACAAGUGUUAAUCUUAUCUCCAACUUAUGAGUUAGCUUUACAAACGGGUCAAGUUGCUGAAUUUAUGGCUAAACACAAGAAGACUAUUAAAUUUAAAUACGUAGUUCGUGGUGUUGAAUUACACCGGGAUAGUCAAAUCCAAGAGCAUGUUAUUCUAGGAACUCCAGGCAAAGUUAUGGACGCAGCUCUUCGUUAUCGCUGUUUUGACAUUCGUAAAAUAAGAGUUUUAGUUUUGGAUGAAGCUGAUGUGAUGAUUGACACACAAGGGCAUCGUAAUCAAUCAAUUAGAAUCAAAAAUGCUCUUUCUUCUAAUUGUCAGAUCAUGUUUUUCUCAGCAACCUAUGAAGGCGCAGUAAUGGAAUUUGCUGAACAAAUUGUCAAAGAUCCUGUAAUAAUUCGAUUGAAAAAGGAAGAAGAGAGUUUAGAAAAUAUUGAACAGUUCUAUGUUCUAUGUAAUUCCGAUGUUGACAAGUACAAAGCUUUAGCGAAUCUAUUUGGAACACUGACCAUAGGUCAAGUUUUUAUCUUCUGUCAGACCAAAAAAGCAGCUGCGUGGCUAACCGACAAAUUAAGAAAAGACGGUCACUCGGUUGGAAUAAUCACUGGGGACUUAACAGUAGAAGAAAGAACUGAAGUAAUCAACAGAUUCCGAGAUGGUGUUGAAAGAGUAUUGAUCGCCACCAAUCUAAUGGCUCGAGGAAUAGAUGUUGACCAGGUGACUGUUGUAAUCAAUUACGAUUUGCCCAUUGAUAUCACCACAAAAGACAUUGACUUUGAAACUUACUUACACCGUAUUGGAAGAACUGGUCGAUUCGGAAAAUCUGGAUUGGCUAUCAAUAUGGUUGACUCACAAAGAACACUGGAAAUGAUUAAAAAACUGGAACAACAUUAUGGUAGAGAGAUUUCAAUGCUUGACGCUAACGACCUUGACCGGUUAGAGGAACUUAAUAAAGAAUCUUAAGCUUAUUUUCAUAAAUAAAAAGAAAUGUGAUUCUUAAAAAUCAAAAAUUUAUUAUAAUCCCAAUUAACAACAUUAAACUUGAUGACAUUUUUUUUAUAAA